UUAGCAAGGAAGGGGAGGGCUCUUUACCCGAGAAAGCGCGGCUCUCGGGCCGCUCUGGCCUCAGCCAGUGAGAAGCCGAGGGUGUGGUAAAGGGAAGGGCAGGCCGAGUACUUAGGACCGCACCAGCAGCCGCCCCGGCCUCCUCCUAACUCUCUGGGCGUGCACAUUUGUGGCUCGCUGCGCCCAGCGUGGGGUGGGGGGGGCAGUAGAGCGGCCACUUGGCUGCAUCAUGUUGACCCCCUAUCCCACCAGCCCCGCAAGCCCCGAGGCCUGGUCAGAAAGGCGGGACAACGACCAGAAUCUUCGCGCCCCAGUGAAGAAGAGCAGGCGCCCACGCCUCAGAAGGAAGGAGCCGCUACAGCCCCUGAGCCCGUGCCUGCUCCCGGGGGACUCAGGCGUUUGCGACCUGUCCGAGUCCCCCAGCUCAGGCUCGGACGGCGCAGACAGCCCAGUGGUGGCGGCGGCGGCGGGGGACUGCAGCCCUCUGCCCAGUCCUGACCAGCAGUUGUCACCACUAGAUCUACAGACCUUCCGCGACUACGGCCAGAGCUGCUACGCCUUCCGCAAGGCUCAGGAAAGCCACUUCCAUCCGCUGGAGUCGCUGGCGCGGCAGCCACAAGUGACCGCGGAGUCCCGCUGUAAGCUUCUCAGCUGGCUGAUUCCCGUGCACCGCCAAUUCGGGCUGUCCUUCGAGUCUCUGUGCCUGACGGUGAACACACUGGACCGCUUCCUUACCACCACGCCUGUGGCCGCAGACUGCUUUCAGCUGCUCGGAGUCACCUCCCUACUCAUCGCUUGCAAACAGGUGGAAGUUCACCCUCCGGGCGUGAAACAGCUCCUGGCCCUGUGCUGUGGCGCUUUCUCCCGGCAGCAGCUCUGCAACCUGGAGUGUAUCGUGCUGCACAAGCUGCACUUCAGCCUGGGUGCACCCACCAUCAGUUUCUUCUUGGAGCACUUCACUCAAGAGCGCGUGGAGGCGGGGCAAAUUGAAGUCUCUGAAGCCCUGGAAGCACAGAUCUUGGCGCGGGGAGUGGCAGAGCUGAGCCUGGCAGACUACGCCUUCACCAGCUACGUCCCCUCCCUGCUGGCCAUCUGCUGCCUGGCGCUGGCCGACCGCAUGCUCCAGAUCCCUUGCCCACUGGACCUUCGCCUGGGCGAGCAUCCCGAGGCGUCGCUGCAGGACUGCCUGAGAAAGUUGCAGCUACUGGUGGCUAUAAACAGCACCUCCUUGACUCACAUUCUGCCCCUCCAGAUCUGCGAAAAGUGCAGCUUGUCCCCAGACUUGAAAUAAAGCAGACCUUUGGGGUCCUCUAUAUGCUGGCCAGAAAUAGUGGACCCCUCCCACUGCUUCAAAAGAGUACAGUAUUUGUCCAAAGAGGGAGGUUUGGGACUCCUGCUUGCCAUCCUACAGGUUAUAAAUAGUGUACCAUAGUGGAAUCCAGUACUUUAGUUUGCUCGAAAACACCAGGAGCUGUCUUUCCUCAAUAAAUGGGCUGUUGUGGUUUCUCUGAACACUGUUAGGAUCUCUGAGACCAGUUGGGCAAUGUUCUGGAUGCCAGGGUUCCAGUAGUAAGACAAGUCGGGAUUCUUUGAGGCUGAGGACUGUAUCACUACAGAUCCAGAGGGUGUGAGGCAGAGUAAAUGCACAGCAGUCUAUGCUGUCCAAAGGGGCCACUGUCUACAUUUGCCAGUGCAGGUGAUGUGGAGCUAUGAAGCCGUGGGGACCAGGUAGGCACACUGGCUAAGUGUGAAGCAGGAGAUAUUUCCAACAUAGAGAAUCCCACAUGCAACAAUAGAUGUCAGAAAGGAUAGUUUUGCAGUGUUGAGGCCAACUCAAGUGGAGCCCAAGCAAUCAUUUGGUUCAGUUUAUGUUGCUACAUGUGAGCACAGGGGUAACAAUGGCAUAAUAAAGACUGUGUUUAGUCUUUGUGGCAU